UUUUAUAUCUCGGAAGUGUCAACAAAUUUUGCUGAAUUACAUGUGAUAUUUUUUGUACAAAAAGAAUGACAGAUAUUAAUUAUAUAUCCUAUUAAUCAAUCUUCGUUUUCUAAAUAUUCUGCCUUUCGUUCUUCGAACUUCAAUUUUAAAACGUGCAAAAGUUUACAGUCUCCAUAAACGAAGAUGGAUAUAUAAUGUAUUCUGAAAAUAGAUCUGUCGAUAGUACAACGAUGAUCGGGAAGAUAGUUACUUUUAAAAUAUUUAUUCGUUCAAAGACGGUUCUUACAUCGUACGGUGAAAAUCUGCUUAGAAGUUCUUCAACUCUCCUAUUUAAUACAGUGAUUUAUAACCCGUACUGUGCAUUAUCAUUUAAUUGUUAAAUCGAUCAAAGGAUAAAUCGAUUAUACGUGAUUUUCUCAUCUUCGAAAGGACAUAUUGAACGAAUCGAAAUAAAACAUGUGAUUUUUUGAUAUGCCAAAAAUUAAUGAAUAAUGUAUGACUUUGGAUAUUAUCUAUCGUGGAAGUAGAAAGUCAUAAUUGAAAACUCAUUUACAAUAAUGAAGACUUCGCAAGCAGAAACUCUUCUCGCGAUAUUGUAUAAUGCAUCGAUGAUUUUUUCUAUUGUGUCUUUGACAUCUCUCGCGAUCAUUUGGCAACAUUGGGAAAUGACCUUAAAUGUUUGCAUUAGCGUUAACUGUGGUUGUAUAUUAUAUGGUAUUAAUACAUUUAGCACGUUUAUGGGUGGCGAUAUAAAGUUAUGCCACUUUGGUGUCUACGGACUCGUUCCUACAGUUAUAAUCGGCUUGUGCCUCGGUGUAUAUCAUAUCUACAGAUGCUGUAUUAAUCGUGGUCUCGAUGAGCCCAGGGCAAUGAAUUGCAACAAUAACAGAACCACUAUUAAUGGGCAAGUCGUCGUAAUUGGCCCUAAAAGAAGGACUCCAUUUAAACAAUGGAUGUCGUCAGCAUUUUGCGCUGCUUUGUUUGGUUGUCUAUCGCUUGCACACGCGGUUGUUAUGACGGACGGUUUUUAUAAAACUUGUGAACAAUAUAAAAGAGGUUUGAUACAACUUUUGGGUUCCAGAGGACGCGAAGCUCAUGUAAUUCGACAUAGACUCGCAUGCGGUGCAAUUUUUGACUAUAUGGAUUAUCUUCAACCGGAUGCUAAUAAUUUUAGACGGGGAGAGGAACUAAAUACAGGUUUUGCAUUACAACUCGCAAUCAUUUGUACAUGGCUUAAUUUCUUUACAUGGGUUAUUAUAUGCCUUCUCUGUUUUACCAUGGCUAAAAAGAAACUCAAUACUUUAGGAGAAUACUUUUGUUGUUGCUAAAUCAAUUUUCUUAUUGAAGUAUCAUAUUUUAAUAUCAACUUACAACAUCAAUUUGAUCUACGAUAAAUAAAUAAUUCGUUUUGUUAGUC